GGCUAUGGCGUUGGUCAGUCAAUGAGACUGGGGCUAGGUGGCAAUGCACCGGUUUCCAUCCCUCAACAGUCUCAGUCUAGGAAGAAGUGUGUCAGAGACUGUGAAAAGUACAAGCCUGGUGUGUUACUGGGCUUCAACAUGAAAGAGUUAAACAAAGUUAAGCAUGAGAUGGAUUUUGAUGAUGACCCUUUUGACCCUGUUUUUGAAGUUGAGCCUAAAGUCCCUAAUGAUAACCCAGAGGAACACAUACCGAAG